AACCAGUAUGGCGCUACGCGCUCCAACACACCACCCGUCGCACCACGAAUUAUCCCUAAUUCGAAGUAAAUAAAGUUAACGUGCUCGCGAGAUUUUUUUUUAUCAUCAUUUUCAUCGUCCGUGAAAAAUUGUCAUCGCACUUGUUGCCAAAGUAUCUCAUAACUCGAACAAGUCGCACUGAAAUUUGAAAAGACAAAUCAGAGAGAAGAUGAGAAACAGCGGGAAGGGAGAUGAGUCGCCCCAACUAGUGGAGAUCUGAAUGCGGAGAGACAAACAUUAGAGUACGCGUGAUGCGUGCGUGAAGUGGUGGGGUAUAACGAACCUCGUGCCAGUCUUGGGGCCACUGUGGUGUGAAACGUCGGUGACUGAGCAUUUGAUCGACGAGAAUUCACCAAUUUACCCCACCGGGGGGUGGGCAUGUGAGUUAAUCGCAAACUGAUAAUUCAGGGCUAUGAAUCAAUAUUGGAUCUCACAUUGGCUGACAACAUGAGGGAUGCAGUGGAUCAACUGAUUAAGCUGAUGAUUAGUCAUACGGCGAUGGUUAACAGUAUGUAGUUGUGUGAUUGGUGAAAAUAUUUUGAUAAGCUUUACGAGGACUUUGGACAACUUGUUUUUGGGGGUGAGUGGCCGGCGGGUGGUUAUGCCCGGCUGAUUGAAAAUAUUGUUCUCCGUUGGACGGUAGAGACAACACUCCCCUCCAUCCCCCUCAUCAGGAGCUAAAGAGUUUGGGUAAUUCUCCCCCGCGAACUCCCAGCGGUGAUCGUGGACUGUGUUUAUUAAUUAAUUUUUUUCGUACAUAAUGGCCUGUCCAUUCUCACGUGGGUAUGGGAGAGCUCGAGGGGAUGAGGCCAGCGAUAACGAGCCGGCGAGGGCUGAAGAUGUUGGGAGGAGGAAAAACGAGAGAUUUAAACCGUCAAGACAAUCAUCGGUGCAGAUCACGUCGUCGUUGCUGGGGGAGGAGAUUGAUGAGCAGGAGGGCACGCAGACUUUAAACUUGAAACAUCUGAGGGCUGCGGUUCUAGUACUCACCAAUCCUUCGAAUGAAGUAAUGGCCGUCGCCCUGAGCAGUCUUCUCAGCGAGAGUGACUUAGCACUGCCAGAAGUGGCAUCACUAGAAAAGCUACUGUACAAUGUCGACUGCGAGGAGAAUUACAAUUUGCUGGAGGACAUCUGGGAGACACUGAACGAUUACUGCGACGUAGAUGUGUCCGCAUUGCUAGAUCAAUUGGGCCAAGAAGUGAUAUCAACCGCCUGUGUGGGGCUCCUUGAGCGGGCAUUUCGCUGCCUGGGAAAUGAUCUGACUGCAUUUCUAACAACCCUCGACGGCGUCAACGAUGUCGUUCAACACCAAUCGGGACUGGACACUGAAGCGGAAUUUGUUUGCAUUGCAACACCCGAGGGACUCGAGCUGCACUUUACCACCGACCACCCGUCCAUUGCCUAUCUACUCGUCGGCAGUCUCAAGGCUAUUGCUAGGAUGUUUUACAGCGACAAUGCCGAUGUUUAUAUUCUACCAGAUCCUUACAAUACAAAAUUUUUCAGAUACCGCAUCACGCCGGAGCGUUAUGAGCAGCUGGUGCUCCAAGAGACGGCAUCCGACGAUGACUUUGACGUUGUGACAUCAGCAUCCCAUCCCUUAUCAACAGAGGCAGCUGACUUGCGAAUGGGAGUUGCUAGCAUCUGCAAAGCAUUCCCGUGGCACUUUGUUGUAGAUAGAAAUCUCGAAAUUGUACAGCUCGGUGUUGGAUUUAUGCGUAUCUUCGGUCACAAUCUCAAUAGGCAUGGACGUCAAAUAUCGACGUAUUUCGUAUUCACCAGGCCACGGGGUGUUACCUUAUUAUUUCACGAGAUUCUCAAACGCUCGAAUACCCCAUUUGUGCUGACACUGCAGAAGCCACCGGGUGCUGAUAAAUUUCCAGCUGAGGGCCUGGAGCUGAAGGGUCAAAUGGUCCACUGUCCCGAAUCGGAUUCAAUUCUAUUUGUCAGUUCACCGUUCCUGAAUGGCCUGGAGGGGCUGACCGGACGGGGCCUCUUUAUUUCGGAUAUUCCACUCCACGACGCAACGAGGGAUGUGAUACUCGUUGGUGAACAAGCACGAGCGCAGGAUGGCUUACGAAGACGUAUGGACAAAUUGAAAAGCUCCAUCGAGGAAGCAAAUCUUGCUGUUGAUGCUGAGAGGGAGAAGAAUGUCAGUCUGCUACAUCUAAUAUUUCCACCGGAUAUUGCCAAACGACUUUGGCUAGGUGAAACUAUCGAGGCCAAAACCUAUCCUGAUGUGACAAUGCUGUUCAGUGAUAUCGUUGGAUUCACAGCUAUAUGCUCGACUGCAACACCAAUGAUGGUCAUCAAUAUGCUUCAGAAUCUUUAUGAACGAUUUGACCAAUUCUGCGGACAACUCGAUGUCUACAAGGUCGAAACAAUUGGUGAUGCUUACUGCGUUGCAUGCGGGCUCCACAGAAAUACAAACACUCACGCCCAGCAGAUUGCUUGGAUGGGUUUGAAAAUGAUUCAAACAUGUUCACAGCAUUUGACGCACGAGGGUAAACCCAUAAAGAUGCGAAUUGGCAUCCAUACGGGCAUGGUACUAGCUGGAGUUGUGGGGAAAAAAAUGCCGAGGUACUGUUUGUUCGGGCACAAUGUCACCAUUGCUAAUAAAUUCGAGUCCACCAGUGAACCACUGCGGGUGAACAUCAGUCCCACAACCCAUGAAUUCCUAACACAAAGGCCAGGAUUUAUUUUAGAAGAGCGGACCAAAGAUAAUUUACCGAAAGAAUUGCCAGCAAGUACUCCUGGCAUCUGCCACUUUCUCAACGAUUACAAACAUCCAGAGGUCGACGAGAGUGCACCCUUGGACAUUCACAUCCAGGCGGGCGUUAAAGAGCUGGAGCUUACCGUGUAGAUAAACAUUUUUAAAUGAAAAUAAUUAUAAUUUACAUCGUCGUUGAUAAUCGACAUUGAACCAAAAAAACUUUCAAUUCCAUUAAGAGACAAAUCAUCGAUGACGAGUAUACGAGUAUAUCGAGGGUUCAGAUGAAUAAUAAACUGAAUAUAAUGUAUAUAAUACCCUAGGGGCAAUGAGAUUAAGUAAAAGAAUCUCAAUGACAAUGAUGUUUACCUAUAAAAUCACAUCUAUUGAUAUUAUUAAUACUGCAAAGAUGUUUCAUGAUGAUUAUUGGAAAAUGUCGCCUAUCACACUAGCAAAUAUUCAGGAAAUGUUUAUCAAUUGUUUGGUUGAAAAGUCAUGCGGAUAUUAUUUGGACGAGAUAAGUUUGAUCCAUUCAUUGUACACUAAUGAACGUGAAAAGUAAAAAUCUUCAC